GCUUGUCUUUUGUUGUCGAGUUUUUUGUUUUGUCUUUUAUUGUUUGUGACACACAUGGAACAUUUCUUGGCUUGAUAGUCUUGCAAAUUUAUUCAGUUCGAGUGAGUCAAGUACACGCUUAAUUCAUUUUUUACUGAAAAUAUAUUUUGUUGCAGAAUUCAUGUUUAAAUUACUCCUUGUAGCAGAGAGCUUGGUCUUUUUUUCUUUUUAUUUUUUCGUUUGUUUUCUUUUAACGUUCACAGCUAUCGAGGAAAAGACUACUAUGGAAUAGUUAUGGGGUAUUCGAACUUGGAACAUUAUUUGCUUGAAUUGCGACCUCUCGAUCAUUAAGCUUAAUCUUCCUUUUUUUUUCCUUUUGAUGUUUUCUUUGAACAAAAUCUAGAGGAUUACUUACAAAAAUCAUAAGUGGAUGCCGUGCAAAAGCCCAAAAGGUGACCAAUGGAAGGGAAGAUCUGGAAAAACCCAAAAGCUUAAGCAAGUAUUUGGUUUUCUAAUUAGUACUCCCUGGAACUAAUUUUCACUUCAUUUUAUUUGAUUUGACAAUGCUACAAUCCUAAUACUUCGUGAUGCGUGGGAUUCAUAAAAGGGGGAUAGGGGAGGAGCAGCCGAGCAGGGGUGUUCACGGGUCGGUUUGAAUCAGUUUUUGGUUAAAUUUAAAACCAAACCAAUAUAAUCGAUUAUCUCAUUAUUAAAAACUAAACAAACCAAUAAAAUAAAAAUUUAUCAGUUUGGUUCGAUUUUACGAUUUUUAAUCAUGCAUAAAUGUGUAUCCUUCUAUAACUAUAUCACAAAUAGUCAAUCUUCUUUAGUUAAAAAAAAAAUAAAAAAAUUUAGGUGGUAGAUAUAAAUAAAUAAAUAAAUAAAUAAAUAAAUAAAUAAAUAAUUGCUGGUCAACGGUUUGAGAAGACAAAGUGAGAGAGAAAGAAUAAAAUUUAAAAUUUUGACUCCUCUUCCUGCAUUGGAAAUAUAAGGAGAGAAACCUUGGUGCAUUGGAAAUGUAAAGUGACACAGAAUGGCUACUUUGGUGCAUUGGAAACAUGACUACUGGCUAUGUAUUCUUUUUCAUUGAUGUAUGUAAUGAAGUUUGAAAUAGUUACUUUCCCCAUCCUAUAUAAAGUCUCUUUGUUAGGUUUGGUUAUUCAUUUUGAAUUUUCUGAGUUCCAAAAGUUUGGGAGGAUGGCUAGUUCAUCUGCCCAGGGACAAGUGAUUGGCUGCCACAAUAAUGAGGAGUGGACGGCGCAUAUCCAGACUAACAAAUUGGUGGUGGUUGAUUUUACUGCUUGCUGGUGCGGCUCUUCCCGUUAUAUUGCCCCAUUUUUUGACGGCAUUGCUAAGAAGAUGUCGCAUGUUAUAUUCCUCAAGGUUGAUAUUGAUGAACUUACGACAGUUGCACAACAAUAUAAAGUGGAGACAACACCAACGUUUUUGUUCCUUAAAGAUGGGAACGAAGUGGAUAGGGUUGUUGGUGCCAAGAGAGAGGAGUUGAAUGAGACCAUAGCGAAACAUCUUCCAUCUUAAUAAGGAGUCUGAAACCUUUGUGUUGGUGCUUUAAGGCUUGUGAAACCUUGUGUUGGUGCUUUAAGGCCUAUGAAGCCUUAAUCAAUGUGUAUCUGAUGUUUUUAUUGCUUUUGUGAAACCUUUAUGUUG